AUGUGCAUGGGUGUAACAGCUGGUGCUUACAUCCUCACACUAUUUGCUAUGAAAUACAAAGAACGAGUGCUUGGAUUGAUUCUUGUUUCACCGAUUUGUAAAGGACCUUCAUGGACUGAAUGGAUUUACAACAAGGUCUUGAUGAACUUAUUGUACUUCUAUGGUAUGUGCGGUUUACUGAAGGAAUGCCUCCUGCAACGUUACUUCAGUAAGGAGCUUAGAUGCAGUAUUGAGGGAUCAGAAUCAGAAGUAAUACUAACUUGCCGAAGAAAUAUAUUUGUUGCAGGAACAGACACAAGCACGUACACACUAGAAUGGGCAAUGGCAGAGUUAAUGCACAAUCCAGAAAUCAUGUCAAAAGUACAAAAUGAACUCGAACAAGUUGUUGGCAAAGGUAUUCCAGUCGAAGAAACAGACAUAGCCAAAUUACCAUACAUGCAAGCAGUUAUAAAAGAGACGUUUCGUGUACAUCCACCAGUUCCGUUAUUACUACCUCGCAAAGCAGAAACAGAUGUUGAAAUUGGUGACUACAUUAUUCCAAAAGAUGCACAAGUUUUGGUUAAUGCUUGGGUUAUUGGCAGAGAUCCAAGUAAAUGGGAGAAUCCUAAUGCUUUUGUGCCGGAGAGAUUUUUCAAUAGUGAGAUUGAUUUUAAAGGACAUCAUUUUGAGCUUAUUCCAUUUGGGUCUGGUAGAAGAAUUUGUCCUGGUUUGCCUUUGGCUAUUAGAAUGUUGCCUUUGAUGUUGGGAUCUUUGGUUAAUUGCUUUGAUUGGAGACUUGAAGAUGGAUUGAAUGUCGAUGAUUUGAAUAAGGAAGAUGAGUAUGGGAUUACCUUGGAAAAAUCUCAACCUGUGAGAAUUGUUCCAAUCAAAUUGACUAAGCAAUAA